AUAUAUAUAUGUAUAUUGAAAAGUGCAUUUACUAAAUAAUGACAAAUUUCCUUAGCACAAUGAAAUUGAUUUCAUUUCCAAAUCUUGUGCUGUGACAGCCAUUUUGUUUCGUUUUCGUUUUUAGUACACACACGUAGGUUAAUGUCAGCAAUAAUAGUUAUUUAUCUCUUUCCCACUUGAGUGUCCAGCAUUGUCAUGACAAUUAGACAAGUGAAAUCGUUAUAUGCGCGUUUUAGUUCGAAAAUUGUAUAUUUGACGGCUUGCAAACGCGCGUCUCGAUCAUAACGCGUACGUGCAGAAAAUUGCAAAAAUAUAUGGUAAAAAUUGUUUAAAUAAAAGGUAAUUUGUGAAAAAAGUGCAAUUAAAUAUAUGCUUAAGCAUUGGCUUCUGAAAUUCUGUAAGUGCGGGUAGAUUUAGUGGCAAAAAAUUGUGUUUGAAAAAAUGCGACUCCGCUGAACAAUCAACAGAAGCACCAAUUCUUGCCGUAGUGGGAAGAAGCAGAAACUACGCGAAGACGAAAGAGUACCGAAAAGAAGCAGAAAAGAUUGAAGAAAAUUUCACUCGGUUUACGUUGUUGUUGUCAAUGGCGGUAGUGCGGCGGCGACUACCACUGCCACUGGCACUGUGAUGAGCCCUAUUUGCUGGCUGGCUAAUGUGUCGUUUACUAUGUAUCGCUGUGUAUAUGUUUUGUGUUAAUACCUCGUGAAUCUCCAUAUUUUUUUUAUUAUUAAUAUCGUUGUUGUUUCUCGAUUGUGUAAAAGUGGGUGAGUUCGGCGGGCUGCAGGAAUGACUGUUGUAGUGGCAAUGGCAAACGUAGCAACAGUCAAAAUGUGUUAAAGCAAUAUUAAUGCUGCUCCAUUUUAUAUAGUGACCGAAGUGUUGAUCUUGUAUAAUAUAUCUUUGCGUAUAUACACAAUUUAUUUGUUUUCAUUCAUAUCCUUGUAUCAUUAUGUAGCAAAGUGCACAGCAACGUUAAUUUGCCAACAACAUUAGGUGUGUUGAAGAAAAGUUCCAAUUUGUGCAUAGUUAAAGUUCAUUAAAAUAUAUUCGAGUGUAAAGAUAGAUACUAACUCAACAAAUAUUAUCGGAUUAACCGAUACAUUAUAAUAAUAAUAAAAAAACCUUGAUACAUACAAGUAUUAUAUGUACGAAAAUAACUACGUUUAGCACACAAUAAUUCAGGACCUAAAAUUGCGAAAGCAGUUUUAAUGCUCCACAAUUGAAUUGGGCUGUAUGAAUCUAAUUAGAUAAAUACAAUUUGCAAUAAAGUACAAUUCCAACUUUUCAAGUACGUGAAAAUACUUCGUUUGAGCAUAAAAACGGACACAGCGGAAAAAUGUGCGGUUUCACAAGCUGAUCCCGAAUUCUACUUCUGUUGCUUUAAAUGUGUGUUAUUCAACUUGCUAUAAGAUGCGGCGUUCAAUAACAACAGCAGCAACAAAAAUCACAUCAACAUUAGUAGCAAAAUCAAUUCGUAGUAUAUUAUUUCAAAACACGGAAGGAUCGAGAGCUACCUUUAAACUAAUCUAUUAUCACAAUACUAGACUGCAAAAAAGGAUUUGAGUACGUUCACUAUACGAAAACGCAAGAAAGCAAACACAAGCAAAAUUUGUUUAGACAGUCGAUAGACAUAAAGGGGAAGAACUGCGUAGGCUGUAUAGACUGCCCAAAAUCCACCACAAUCAUUAACAAGAAGUCAUUGCCUGUGUACAACGUAGUAGUCCGUAGCAUCUUCCCUAUAUAGAAAAAUAAAGUUUCACUUCGGUACCACAUUAGACAACUCGUUUUAUAUAGUGUUCACACAAAAAACACAAAAUUCGUACACACUCAGCAAUAUCACGCAAAAAAAAUCUGUUCCUGUUAUUUAUUUACGAAUUGCGUAGAAGACAUCAAUAAACCACCUAAAAAAAUUUCACGUUGUGCUAGUGUGCGUGUGGGUGUGUGCUGUAGAAACACUUAAACAUGCCGCAGGAUCCGCCGCCACGCGAUGAGCCGUACGUGGAGCCGGUUAACGGCAUCGUGCAACCCCCAACCGUACCACCACCCGAUCGACCCGGUCGCAACACAAAUCAACUGCAGUAUCUCAUUAAAACCGUGAUGAAAGCAAUUUGGAAACAUCAUUUCUCUUGGCCAUUCCAGCAACCGGUCGAUGCAAAAAAACUUAACCUGCCCGAUUACCACAAAAUUAUCACACAUCCAAUGGACAUGGGUACGAUAAAGAAACGUUUGGAAAACAACUACUAUUGGUCGGCCAAAGAAGCCAUACAGGACUUCAAUACAAUGUUCACCAAUUGUUAUGUCUACAAUAAACCUGGUGAAGAUGUUGUUGUUAUGGGCCAAACAUUAGAAAAGGUCUUCCUGCAGAAAAUCGAAGCCAUGCCCAAGGAAGAAAUCGAAUUGGAGCCUGUGACACCGAAAGGUGGCAAGAAGAAACCACGUCCAGCCGGUAAACCAGCCACACCCAGCUCUGCGUUGCUACAUACACCUGCCACCGGUUCAGCAGCCACUAAAGCCGCUGCCACCGCCGCUACAGGUGGUACACCGCGAGCACCCGCACGUCCACACUCUUCGCUGAGCAGCACAGUGUCGUCGACUGGUGGUGGCGCAACGGCAACCACUACACCCGCCAUUCCACCUAUUGGGACAAUGCCACCGCAAACAGUUCCCGGCAGCACAAAUACAACAACUACCGCCAUUGUUGGUGGUGCGGGUGCCGCAUUAAUAACGGCCGGCGCAACAGUACUACCUACCGGUGGUAUAUUACCAGCCGGUAGUGUAGCUGGCGGUUCCUUGGUGGGUGCUAAUGCCGCGUUAGCGGCGUCUGUAAAUGCGGCUGGUGCGGUAAAUUCAUCGUUACUUGACGCCAGCGGCGGCAGUGUGAAUACGGCGGGCGGCAGUAUUGGUGGCGCACCGAACUCAACAGCUGCCGUUGGCGCUGCCGUACUAUCCGCGUAUCACAGCAGUGUUAAUAGCACAGCCGAUGCAGUAAUACCGCCACAACAGCCGGCGAAAAUGAAGAAGGGUGUUAAACGAAAGGCCGAUACAACGACGCCGACAGCGAAUGCAUUUGAAAUGGCACCUUAUGCGCAAAUCGAUUCCAAGAGCGCCAAAAUCGCAACUAGACGCGAAUCCAGUCGACAGGAUCUCACAUUCCAAGGAUCCGCUUAUCCCUUGUCGCCGAUGGCCGUCGCUGGCAUGGCGCCUGGCGGCAUGGGCGUUGCCGGCGGUGUUGGUGGCGUUCCCGGCGUAGUCAAGAAUAAAGAAAAGCUGUCGGACGCACUUAAAUCAUGCAAUGAAAUCCUCAAAGAGCUGUUUUCGAAAAAACACUCCGGUUACGCUUGGCCCUUCUACAAACCCGUCGACGCCGAGUUGCUCGGUUUGCAUGAUUAUCACGACAUUAUCAAGAAGCCGAUGGAUUUGGGCACAGUGAAGCAGAAAAUGGACAAUCGCGAAUAUAAAAGCGCACCCGAGUUCGCCGCCGAUGUGCGAUUAAUAUUCACCAAUUGCUAUAAGUAUAACCCGCCAGAUCAUGAUGUCGUUGCCAUGGGUCGCAAGCUGCAGGACGUUUUCGAAAUGCGCUACGCUAAUAUACCCGACGAGUCGGUAGCCAACGCUGUUGCGGCGGUCGUAGCUGCUGCCCACCAUGCAUUCUCCGCAACAACGAAACGUGGCGGUGUUGGGGGCGGCGUUGGUGGUGUUGGUGAUGGCAGCGAUUCAUCGUCGGACGAAUCCUCAGAUACGGAAAACGAAUCGAAUUCGGAUGAGGAGCGCAAUGCGAAACUGAAAUUGCUGGAGGCCAAGCUACUCGAUCUGCAAGAGGAGAUGCGCAAGUUGAUGGAGGAAGCCUCAAAUAAGAAGAAAGCGAAGAAAAAGUUGAAAGAAAAGAAGAAGGGUGGCACUGGUGUGGGCGUUGGUGCAACGAUGGCUGGUGUUGGUGGCGCGCAUGCACAAACCGGUGGCGUUGGUGUUGUAGGCGCCGGUGUGGGUGUUAAUGCGGCACUCGUGGCGGGCGCGAAUUUGCAUGGUGGCGAUUUAGCCGCUGCCAUGGCGAUGGGUCAGUUAGGUGCUGGACCGGUGGGCGUCAAGGGUACGCCGUUAGCUGCAGGCUUAGCGGGCACAGCAGCAGUCGGUGUAACGCCCGGUGGCAAGGGCAAUAAGGUGAAGGGUCAGCGCGGACCCAAAGCGGGCGCAGCCAGUGGCGGCACACCUGGCGCUGGCGGCGCUGCGGGCGCCAAUAAGCGUGCGAAGGGCAGCGCAGCGGCAGCAGGCGCAGGCGGUGGCGCUGGUGCGACAGCUGGUGCUGGCGGUGCAGCUGCGCGCGGCACCAACAAAAAGAAGCCCAGUCAGGUGAUGAAUUUCGAUUCAGAGGAAGAGGACACGGCCAAGCCGAUGUCGUACGAUGAAAAACGACAGUUAUCGUUGGAUAUUAAUAAACUGCCGGGUGACAAGCUUGGUCGUGUUGUGCAUAUAAUUCAAAAUCGCGAGCCUUCAUUGCGCGACUCCAAUCCGGAUGAGAUCGAAAUCGAUUUCGAAACAUUGAAGCCGUCAACGCUGCGCGAACUAGAAAGCUAUGUGGCAUCCUGCCUACGCAAAAAAACUCAUAAAAAACCAUCUGGCAAAUCUAAAGAUGAGCAAAUGGCGGAGAAGAAGCAAGAAUUGGAGAAGCGGCUGCAGGAUGUCACUGGUCAAUUGGGUACCAGUAAGAAGACGGCCAAAAAAGACGAAUCCUCAUCGAAUAAAGUGGAAGCCGCACCGCCCACGGCUCGCCUCUCAUCCAGUUCCAGUUCUAGCGAUUCAUCAUCGUCCAGUUCAAGCGACAGCAGUUCCAGCGAUUCGAGUGAUAGCGAAGCAGGUGAUAUUGAUAGUCGUCCACCGAGAAAGAAGAAACCCCGUGAUUCAAGUGGUAGCAAUAAUGUAAAUAAUUCAACUAUAGCACCCACUAGUGUUGGCCUGACUACAGCAACAACUGUUGGUAGCAUUGGCAGUAAUCCUGCAGCAGUUUCAACCUCAAUUACGUCCACAAUAGCCGCAACGCAGCAAGCGGCAAAUGCAACGCAACAAUUGCAGCAUCUACAAACGACAAUGGCCGGCGUGCCAGCUACGGGGGUAACGACACAAAGUACGAGUAGUUUGGCGCCGCCAAUGACCGCUCCUACAUCACAGCUGAAUGCAGUUUCGGGCAGUGGAACACAAAUGAGUGUUACUCCCUCGACAGCAGCAACGACGCUUGCAGGUGCUGCGACGGAUCCAGCCAUGUCUGCUGUUGCCCUACUUAACAACAAUAACAGCAGUAAAACAUCAUUAAUACCGACUUCUGUUGGUAGCGGUGUUGGUAGUGUUCUAAAUGCCAUGAGCGGCGCAACAACCAUCGGCGGCGGCACCACUGCAGCUUCCGCGGCGGCUGGUACUACGGCUGCAACCACAAUAAGUAACAGUAGCAUCGCCAAUAGCGGUGCAGCGGGCAGUAACGGUCCCAAUGACUUGACAAUGCCAACGGUAUCAAGCGCUGCCGCCGCACUACUCGCCUCAUCUGCAAGCGCAGCGUCGCUGACUGGCUCCCUACUUACUACAUCACAAACUAACAGCGGCAAUAAUAAUAAUAACAACAACACAACUACCACAAAUAUUGGCGGCAUACGUGUUGCCAGUAAUUUACACAAACUGCCACCGCCGACACCGAUGGAUGUCGCUGAUGCAGCCGGCAUUGGCGGUUUGGGUAUUGGCACGCUGCCCUCAAGUGUGCCAAAUACUCUACUGCCAUCUGCUGCUGUCGUCACCGCGCCUUCGUCUGUUGCGCCAGCGUCGGUGCCAUCUUCUGUGGCAUCGUCCUUGUUGACUGCUGGUCUCAAACAAAUUCCACAAUUUGAUGAUCCCGUUGAACAGUCGCUGGCAUCGCUGGAGCAGCCCUUAAUAACGGCAGGGUCGGCCAAAAGCGUCGCGGAUAACUUCCUCAUGAAUGCUCAUCUAAUGCAACAACAACAGCAGCAACAACAACAACCGCAACAACUCACACAUGGUAAUCAUGGACAAAAUGCGUCAGCGCAGCAAGCUUUCGGCGCUUUACAGCAGUCACAGCAGCAACAACAGCAGCAGGCAGCUGCGCAACAUGCGCAUGCCGGCAAUCAUCAUCAUAUGGAUUUAAUGUCGGAGUUAUUAUCGAAGAAUGCCGCCGAAAACGUUUCUGGCAUGAAUGGUAAUCAUUUCCCGUUGAUGCAGCUCGGCGAGGGUCUCAACAAUCGGAUUAGCACAAUGGCCGCAGCAGUGGCCGCGCAACAUUUCCAACAGGCCAUGGCGCAUUCGCAGCAACAGCACCAUCAACAGCAGCAACAACACGCGCACAACAACGGUUACAACAGCGCUGCUGAUCGUGCGCUAGAUAGUCUGGCGUUAGCCGGUUUGGGGCUGUCUCAUGCCGGUGGCGCCGGCACUGGUUCAAUUUUCGAACAAUUGCCAUCGAUGGGUGGCAGUCACAACGAAUUUCUUGCCGCCAUGAUGAUGGGCGGUGGCGCACCGGGUAUGCCUGGCAACUUGUCACUGACUGGUGGUAAAAAGGAUGCCGCCAAUGCGCUCGGUUUGGGCGAUCAUCAAGUGGCACAGCAAUUAUUGCAAUCUCAACCGCCGCUUCAGCCCAAUAAGUUACUUAUCACGCCCAAGCCCAUCGAAUCAAUGAUGCCUAGUCCACCUGAGAAGAAAUCACACCAGCAGGUUCAGCAAGUAGCGCCGCCACAACAAUCGCCAUCCGAUCUGAAAAUACCAACAGCCGCAAGUCUCGGCAGUGCCAGCGGUUUGAGCUCGAAUCAAGGGAAUUUCGCGCAAGCUUUCAAAUCGGCGCACGAACAAAAUCUUAAAAAUGCCAGUUCGUGGUCGUCACUGGCAUCGGCCAGUUCGCCACAAAAUACACCGACUUCCAACAAGCCUAAACCCGCCAUGGAUUCGUUCCAACAAUUCCGCAACAAAGCCAAAGAGAAAGCCGAUCGCCUGAAGUUGUUGGAAGCCGCCGAGAAGGAGCAAAAACGACAGAAGGAGGCGGCCGAAAAGGAGCAACAGCGAAAGCAGCAUCACAAACAACCGUUGGGCGCAAUUGGUGUGGGUGGUGGUGUAACGGGUAACGGUAAUAGUGCAGUUGGCGGUACUAGUGCCAACGUCAUUGGCGGUGGUGUCGGCGGUGGUAGCAGUGCCGGUGGAGUGGGCGGCGUCAGUGGUGCGGGCGGUGGCAGUGGUGGCGCUGGUCAUCACACAUCCGCAUCGGCAGCAUCAUUGUCGCAGUCGGCGCAUGCGCACGGGCAUUCACAUGGACACGUUGGCCACGGUCAUGGGCACGCGGUCAACAGUAGUGGCGGUGGACAUAUGCAUUCGACGGCAGCUGACGUCAACAUGGAAAGUGGGAGAAAAAGUGUGCACGACGUUACUCAGGUGCAGAAUUCACGUGUAGACGAUAUCAAAGCGUCGCCGCAGGGCAGCGGAUCACCGGCCGGUGCCGCGCAACAAUCACCACAAGACCGCGCCGCGGCAAGACGUGCAGAGUUGCGACGUCUCGAGCAGGAGCGACGACGACGUGAAGCGAUGGCCGGUCAAAUCGAUAUGAAUAUGCAAAGUGAUCUAAUGGCGGCCUUCGAAGAAUCGCUUUAAUAAAUAAAAAAUCCCAGCAGUGUUGUAGAGUAGAAAACUCAAUUGAAUACCUAAUACUACAAACAGUUAGUGCUAGCCUAAUAUAAUGCAGGUUUGUGAUCAAUACAUAUACAUACAUAAUAUAAAUAAAUAGGUCGAGUGUAUGAAAGCCAGCGCAAAUUGUGUCUAAACAACAAUAACAACAACUAUAACAAAGUGGAGUUAAAUAUGUGUACUGAAAAUUGCUUCAAUGCAGCUAAAAACCAUUUAAGAUUCAAUGGCAACUGCGAUUGAAGCGUUUCAAGUGUAACAUACACUACAAUUCAUUCAAAUUAUGUAAGAAAGCUAAAAAAGAAAGCAUUAAUGCUGGAUAUUUGUUUGGCUAAACGCACUAAACAGUCAGAAGAACAGAAAAAAUGCAUUAAAAAUAUAAUUAAAUUUUAGUAGUACGUAAGUGAAAGCAAAAUAACGGGACGACGUUUAGAAAGCGUAGAAAACAAGAGCAUAGGAAGGAAAGGAAGGGAAGCAAGCGUUGAAUGUGUGAAUGAGCAACAGCAGUUCGGCUCCUUACCGUUAAUUUGUUUGAAAUUAACAAUUCAAUUAGCAAUUGAAGAGCGGAAGAUGGUCUACAAGCGGAGCACAGCUGAAGAUUUGGGUUUGUGUUGGCUUAAAGAAAUCAGCAAAACGGAAACAAGCGAACUUAGCUGUUGCUGAUAAUAAAUUAAUAAAUAAUAACAAUAAUUAUAAUAAAAAAUGUUAAUAAAAUGAAUAAUAAACAGUUGUAUGUUGAUAUGAAACGAGAAUACACACACACACAAAAGAAAAAAAAAACAAAAAAUAUUAUAUAUAUUAUAUAGUUUUAUAGAAAAAUAAAAUAAAAUAGCAGCAUUUUUUUUAACAAAUACAAGUACACACCCCUUGCACACACACACACACACACGUUUAUAUGUUUACAUAUAAUAUAUAUAUGUAUAUGUUAUAAGAGUCGUGCUGUGGUUUUGUGUGAACGCCAGCAAAAAGCAGAUAAAAUUAAGCAAAAAAUGCAAGAAUUCAAAAUAUUGAGCAUUCUAUGCAAUUUGUCUGUUUGACUUGCAAGCGCAAAUGUUGUAUAAAUAAACAAUAGUUAGCAUAAUAGCGCUAAACACAAGCGUUCACGCACACACACAUACAUAUAUAUAUAUACAUAUAAUUAAAUAUAAUUUUUAUGGCUUGCAAAGUGUAUAAUUGCAAACAAUUAAAAUCAUACAUACACUUAUAUAAAAAUCAAUAAAUAAAUAUAUGCAUAUAUACUAAAAACAAAUAAUUAAAAAAACACAACAACAAUAAUGUUAAUAAACGUGAACACUACAAAAAUUAGCAUAAAGGCUAUUCUUUCCUUUUACUAAAACAAAAC